AUGAGCGAGGAGUGUGUCCGGGUUGCGGUCCGCAUCCGUCCGCUGCUCCCCAGAGAAGUCCUCCGCCACCACCAGGUGUGUGUCCGGGUGGUGCCGGGCUCCGGACAGGUGAUGCUCGGCGCGGACCGACUCUUCUCCUUCGACCACGCGUUUGGACCGACAGCCAGCCAGGACGAGGUGUUCGAGUCCUGCGUCCAGCCGCUGGUGGAGUCGCUGGUGGACGGAUACAACGCAACCGUGUUUUGUUACGGACAGACAGGGUCGGGAAAGACGUACACACUGGGAGGAGGGAACCAAGAUGAAGAGGGAGGAAUCAUCGACCGUGUGGCCCAGGAUGUGUUCCUGCUGCUGGGGAAGAAGCUGGGGAGCAGUGACGGUGUGGAGGUCACCGUGCGGACCUCAUAUAUGGAGCUGUACAGAGAGGAACUACGAGACCUGCUGGAGCCCCACACCGUCCACAAAGAGCUUCAUAUCAGAGAGGAUGAGAGGGGAAACACGGUGGUGGUCGGUGCCAAAGAAGUGGUCGUCACCUCAGCAGAGGAGCUGCUCAGUGUUGUAGAGAUGGGAAAUGCCCUGCGCCACACCGGCACAACAGGAAUGAACGAGCACUCCAGCCGCUCCCAUGCCAUCCUCACCCUUCAGGUCAUCCUACGUAGUCACAACCACAACUCCUCUUUUCAGUCUUCCCGCUGCUCCAAACUCUGUCUGGUUGACCUGGCAGGCUCAGAACGUGCUGGAAAAACUGGAAACACUGGCACACGACUCAAAGAGUCUGCUCAUAUAAACACAGGCCUGCUUGCACUGGGCAAUGUAAUCCGUGCCCUCUCUGACCAGAGUCGAAAUCGGCGAGGUAACAGCUGCAGCAGUGCUCAUAUACCAUAUCGUGCUGCCAAGAUUACACGCCUCCUCCGUGAUUCAUUGGGAGGCACCGCCCACACGCUGAUGGUGGCCUGUGUAAGCCCCUCCCACCACUUUGUAACAGAGACUCUGAGUGUCCUGCAGUUCGCAUCCAAAGCUCGUCACAUUCGUAACAGUCCAGGAGUGACAUCUGCUCAAACAGAGGUUAAAUCAUGUCCUACAACCUGGCACCCUGGUGAGGCUCGACUAGGGGAGCUGGAAUACGAAGUACAGACACUGAGAGAGCUACUGAAAGAGAAGGAGAGAGAGAUUGAGACAGAAAAGGAAAAGACAGGGGGAAGAGGUGAAGGGGACAGCUUCAAAGAGUCCAGUCAGAUCAGGGUAUGUGAACCAGAUAAGAAGGUGAACCAAGAGGAGCUGUCACAGUAUCGCCUCUUGGCAGAGGAAGCUGCAGCUUUGCUUGCAGAAAUCUCUGGCCCUUCUUCAAGUCUUUCUUUCAAGCAGCGUCUACAAAAAUGGCAGGAGAGACUGGCAGCUGUCGAGCACUCACAUCCAACUGAUGAUAAGGACUUGUCAAAGAGGGAUGGAGACCAACCAGACCAUGGUACCAUAUUAAAACUCAGAGAAGAACUCAGCACAUGUCAGAAAGCCCUCCACAUAGAGGAGCAGCUGUUGGAGCAGAAAGACGCAGAACUGAGACAUGUACAAAAAGAAGUUGAGAAACUUCUUCAAGAGAGAAAAUCCCAUCUGAUAGCCUCAGAGGAACAAAAGGAGCGUGCUCGUAUACAGACAGAGCAACUGGUGAACCAGCAGAUUCUGAUCGAUCGCCUUCGCAGCGACCUCAUGACCUUUCGGGGGACAACCACAACUGCAACAGUGGAAGCAGGGGCUGCUGGGUACUCAGGCAGGAGACCCCACAGCGUCCCUCUGAUCAGACACAGCUGUGUGCGCAAGCCUGCCAGGAAGAUUCACUCCAGUCCACCAGCCUAUUCACUGGAAAGAGUGAUGGCAGCUUUUAAGAUGCGUGGUCAUCUCCUGCUGGCUGAGAUCGAAGAAAAGGAUGAAGUCUACUGUCCAUUCAUUAAACAGCAGUCAGAGAGCAAAGACAUGGGUCAAGAGGAGGAGGAGGAGGAGGAGGAGGAGAAUGGAUUCUUUAUGGACAGAAUGGGCUUUAGACGUUCUUUAAACCGAACGUGGACCAGUCGGCACAAGAAGUCCACUCUGAAAGAGAAAAACACUGGACGAGAUCCGACAUGUGAUGGAAACCCAGCAGUACAACAGCAUCACUCAGCCACAGGCACCAGAGAAAACCAGCUCAACCAAAGCCAUAUGAGGAAGGCGAAAGUAAGAGCCAGUGUCACUGAGAGAAGAAUCCAAGAUCUUUCAGUCAACAUGCGCAUGAAGGAGGAGCUCCUCAAAGAGCUUGACAAAACUGACAAGGAAACUCAGGCAGUGGACAGACGUGUCGGGCACAGUGGUGGUGAUGGCGGACAGCCCAGUGUGUUGGCAAGACUGUCCAUGCAGAGCCAGCAGGUCCGAGCAGAGAUGUACCGCAGCCUGCAGCACAUGAGCCUGCAGAGAGCGCAGCUUCAGACCAGCCUCAAGCAGCAGAGAGAGAUCAGAGACAACAACAAAGAACUCCACCAAACUAGGGAGCAAAGUGCAGAAGAUUCAACUGUGUGCAAACGGUAUCAUUUGGAAAAGACAAAAGAAAAACCAUGUGAGAGUAGUUGGCUGGAGGAUGAGGAGGAGCAGGUUCUUCAGAGGAGAGCAGAGCUGCAGGAGCUGGAGGAGGAGCUGAGGAGAAGAGAGGAGGUGCUGCUGCAGAGGGAGGCCUGUCUGCAACAGAAAAGCAAACUAGAGAUCAAGAUGCUACGCUCCAGUCAGGCUCUAAAUCAGGACCUGCUGCAUGUGUCGAUGCAGUUAGGGUCUGUGGAGGAGCAGCUGCAAAGGAAGACUGGAGGAGUUACUGUAGAGGAACUGCAGAAAGAGAGAGACAUGCUUAAAAAAAGAAGAGACACUCUGGACGCCCAGCUGAAGGACAACAGAGUGCUCACUGUGGAGGAGGAGCAUUCCCUUCUCCAGCUGGAAGAAGCUAUUGAAGCUCUGGAUGCAGCUCUAGAGUUUAAAAACCACUCCAUCCAGGACAAACAGCAGAAGCUGUUAGUCUCUGAGUUCUCUCUCAAUCAGUCACAAAACACUGAACCCACCCAACUCUGCGAUGUCUUGAGGAAGCUGAAGGAGCUCUCACUGCCCGAGGCUUUGGAGCUGCUCGUCAAAUAUUUCAACAAGGUUGUUUGCCUUCGAGAGGCAGAGCGCCAUUUACGCUUGCAUUGUGAAGAGCUGGAGCUUCAUGCUGGUGAGCAAGAGGUGGAGCUGAGGGAGAUGGAGUUGGCCAUGCAGCGUCUGGCCCUGAAUACAGACCGAAAGCUCACCCAGCAACACCAAGAUCACCAAAACAACAUUCAGCUACUGCUGCAGAAACUAAAAGAGGGUGGUUCAGGAGAGGCACAGAAGGACAUCCAAGACCGACUGCAACAUCUGGAGAAAGAGCUGUUUUUCUACAAAAGCACCAGUCGACAACUCAAAAAGAAACUGAAGGAGCUUCUCGGAGAUGCCCUGCACUCUGAUGAUCAGCGCUCACAGGAGCAAAGACAAGUACACAAUAUGCAGACACAUGCGAGUGUAAAUGAACCCCAGAGUCAUCCUGAGGAGGUGCACACAAGUACACACAUUGCAACAACAUACACAAAAAUACAUGCUGAGCAAACAGACAAAAAGACACACAGUGAUUCUUGUAUGAACAGACAUGCAAACCAAACCCAGCGUCCCUCUUCAUCCUUUGAUCGGCAAGCACUCAAAAAGACAAAAGAAUGCAACCAGAUGCACACACAGUCUCAGAUGAGGAGUGUAAGAGGUCAAUCUGGUGAAGGUUUAGAGAUGAUUCCAGUUCGUGUGACUCACAGAGAGGUGAGACAGAUCUCUGCAGCUGACCUGCACAUCUCUGGUUCUGCCACAAGGAGGCGACAGUCUGCUGUGGAUAACAGCACAGAGUCCAUGUUAGAGGACUCCAUUGAAGUGACCAGGAACACUGACAGAUAAUUUUGUGGAUUUAUUCUGUGACUUUGCAUAAAUGAUAGUACUUACUUUAGUUCACAUUUCUUAUUUGGGAAUCUUCAAGCUCUUGUCCUGGAAAAAGACAAAAAAAAAACCAAGUUUCAACAACCUAUAUUUCUAAUGUUGUAAAUUAAAGGCAUAAAUACAUUAUAUACACUUACAACUUUGUGUACGUUUUGUGAGAACGGGGUAUUGGAUACAAGGAUCAGCACUUUUCUGAUUAUAAUAAUACAGUGGAUCACCUUAAAGUCAUCAGCUUGUACAUUCAAUAAUUAGAUUCACCCCUUUUUACAAACACUAUUGGGUCAAAAUAUAUACGUUAGGGAAGGAGUCUUCCUGAAUCUGUUGUUAAAUGUAAUGAAAACGUGCUUUGUCUUUCAUGCUUUAGUUUCAGCACUGUUGAGCACUUAAAUGGCCACUAAAUACAGUCGAGUUUUCUGCAUGAAAACAGUCAUGAAAAGCUUUUUCUGUAUGAAUUGACUUUUGAUAGGAACCUUGUGUGCACUUUAUGCUGUUAGUUGUAUGUUGAUUGCAGUGUAAUUUUUUUUAUUUAUAUUUGUGAUUAUUAUUAAAAUCUAUUGUAAUAAAAUUC